AUGGCACAGACAUUCACGGCUUCUGAGUUGCUUUCGUUUGAUGGCACUGACGCUGCUAAGCCAGUCUAUAUUGCCGUCAAGGGGACUGUCUAUGACGUGUCAGCCUCGCGAGAGUUCUAUGGCAAGGGUGGCCCGUACGAAGCCUUUGCCGGCAGGGAAUGCGCGCGUGCCCUGGCUAUCAUGAAAGUGGACUUGGCGGAGUGCAAUGACAACCUUGCAGAUUGCACGGAGAAACAGCUUAAGACUCUCGAAGACUGGAUUGCGAAGUUCAACGCGAAGUAUGCUGUCGUGGGCAAGGUAGCUCAUUAG